AUGAAGUAUGAUAUUCCUCAACUGGAUCGCGACACAAGGUUCGCUCUAUGGCAAGUCAUGAUGCGGGCUAUUCUUACGCAGGCUGAAGUCGAUGAUGCUCUUGAUAAAUUUGGUAACAAGGAUUCCAAAUCUUGGACCGACGAGGAGAAGAGAAAAGAUCGUAAGGCCUUGACUCAAAUUCAACUUCAUCUUUCAAAUAAUAUUUUGCAAGAUUGUUUGCAGGAGAAAACUGCAGCUGUGCUAUGGCUCAAGUUAGAGUCAAUUUGCAUGUCUAAGGAUUUGACAAGCAAGAUGCAUUUGAAGAUGAAGUUAUAUACACACAAGUUGCAAGAGGGUGGUUCUGUGCUUAACCAUCUUAUGGUCUUCAAGGAUAUCGUUUCGGAUCUACAGGCUAUGGAGGUAGAUUAUGAUGAUGAGGAUUUGGGUCUCAUUCUUUUGUGCUCUUUGCCUAGUUCUUUUGCAAACUUCAGAGAUACAUUGUUAUAUAGUCAUGAUACUCUAACGCUUGAUGAAUUUUCUGAGGCUUUGCACGCCAAGGAAAAGAUGAAAGAGAUGGUGUCUUGUGAAGGUUCUCCUUCCAAUGGAGAAGUGUUGUCUGUUCGUAGGAGGACAGAAAAUAAAUCAAACAAUGGCAAUAGAGACAAAAGUUCUAAUGGUUAUAUAGGCCGAUCAAAAUCUCAAAGCAAGGGAGAUAAAUUCUGCAAGUAUUGCAAGAAAGAUAAUUACUUUAUAACCGAGUGUUAUAAGUUAAAGAAUAAAGAGAAGAGAACUGGCACAUAUAGAGAGAAAGAUAAAUCCAAUGAUGAAGGUAAUGCUUCUGUUGCUGCUUCUAAGGCAGAUAAUUCUACUGGUGAUAAGCUUGUCGCUUUUGCUGGAUGUGCAAAUAGUGGUGAUGAAUGGCUUCUUGAUUCCGCUGCUUCUUUUCAUAUAUGCAUUAAUAGACAUUGGUUUGUCACCUAUGAUUAUCUCCAAGGUGGAGGUUCUGUUAGAUUGGGUGAUGAUGGUCCACGUGAUAUUGUUGGCAUUGGAUCCGUUCAAAUUAAAAUGCAUGAUGGCAUUGUCAGAACUUUGACUGACGUGAGGCAUAUUCUAUAUAUGAGCAAGAAUCUUAUUUCUCUGAGUACUCUUCAUAGUAAAGGGUACAAGUACUCCGGUGGAGAUGGAGUUUAA